AAGGGGCAGAAGGAAAAGAUCUUUAAAAGUCCCGUGAAGCUACUGGUGUAUAGAUCCACCACAUCCAUCAUCGACGGUCAGCACACAGGAACAGACCACAAGGAGGAAAAUCUGCACGUUUUCUGUAUCUGGGAAGAGUGUGACGACAAAAAAGUGACGAAAUCAGCUACAAACAAUCAAAUGUCGCUGUUGAUAUUGUGAUAAGUGUUAAUAACAAUCCGCUUCGGUAGUCAAAAUCCUGUGAGGAAUCGGGCUCGCAGAGCUGGAAAAUUGCCACGACCUAGAAAAAUUUUCCACAUCGUCGUCACAAAGUCAGAAACGUAUUCUAGUGAACGAAAAAAAGGUGGAAAAGAGAAAAAGCGAAGGAAAUCUCUAGAGUGAAGUGGACCUCUUUUCGUGGAACGGAUUCCUCAGUUCGAGUUUGAGUCGGUCGGUGCCAGAAGAGACAACGCGAACCGUUCGCUAGUGUGAGGUGCGAGAAUUGGAACGCGCUGGGUGAAGAAAGACGCCAAAGGGGGAAGAAGCCAUUGGGCAGCUGCGACUAAACUAGAGCUAGUAGAAGAGUACUGCGCGCCGCGCCGGCAGGGAACAAUCGAGGACAGGUCUCGUCGAGUUCGUGGCGCUCCGAUUUUUUUUAUCUAAUUAUGAGCUAGUUCCCAACGGUCCCCUAAGCUAGUUCUUUAAGCGUGUGUGUGGAUACGGUGACGGUGAAGUGAAAUAGACGUGAAAAUCUUGAGUCAUCAUUUUUCCAAGCAUCUCGUGUGGAAAGCGGAAAAUAUCUUCUCAAGCCAAUCUCGCGGCAAGUGUUUUUCAGGAAAUUUGAUCUCACGAACCAUGCCUCCAUCUUACUGUUCAGUUGCCGGAUGUACCAACAGCCGAAGCCCUACGUGUAGUCUGUACUGCUUUCCCAAGGAUGAUGCUGUGUGCAAGCAAUGGGUCGACUUUUGCAACAGGCCCGAGCUGUGGAAAAAGUACGAAGAAAACGGUCCCGAGUACCUGUACAAGAGUUCUCGGAUUUGUUCCGAUCACUUCCAACCGAGUGACUUCAACAAUCCCAAUCUUUUCAGCCAAGGAUUGAAAAAAGGUUCGGUGCCUACACUGUAUCCAGCCAGUAAAGAACCAAAGAAUCGCUACACCAUUGGCGGUAGCGGAAUCAGUGCCAUCAGUGGAAUCGGGUUCGCUGGUGGUGGUGGUGGUGGUGGCAGUGGUAAUAAUUCGCCACCCAACACCAACAACGACAAUGAUUCACUCAUCAUGCCAAUGUCAAUGAAGCGACCGAUGCUGUCACAGCCUUCAACGCAGCAGCCAGUUGCCAAGCGAAGAUCGCUACCACCUGCCCUCAGCACCUCCAUUGCCACCAAUAACGUUCAUGCCGCCGCCGUUAGUGGCGUACUGGCCGGUUUGAUCCAGCGGCAACAGCUGAAAGAACAACAACGGAAGGCAUUCGCGGCUGCCCUGCAGCUCCAACAAAGGCAACAACAGCAGCAGCAACAACAGGUACAGCCGAACCCACAGCGAUCGUUGCUGGCCUCGCUGAAGCAAAAACCAAAUAACAACAAUAAUAACAACAACCACAUCAGCAGCAACAAUAAUAACAACAGCAGUAGCAGCAGCAACAUCGCCAAACUGGCAGCUGCUAGCCUACAGGAAAGGCUCGAGGAUGAACGAGGGUACGGCAUCAACUACGUGGACAUGGAUGGAGGAGAUUCAUCCGAAUAUGAUUCCAGUUACCAAAACGCAGUCGAGGAGGAAAUCGCCGCUUACAAGCAGCUCCAACAGAUGAAGGCCAUCAGAGCGGCCGCCGCCGUGAUCCCGGCAUCGCUCAAAUCGGAACUCACGGUGACGCCGGCCGUCAACCAUAACAACAACAGCAGCAAGAGUAGCAAUUUCAAUAAGAGCAACACUAUCAGCACCAGCAGCAGCAGUUCAAGCCCUCCGAGCUCGUCCACCACGAACGGUACCAUCAACUACAAGGAAAAGUACGAGCAAACGCUGAAGGAGCUAUUUGCGUGCCGCAAGAUAGUCAAGAACCAAAACAAUGCCAUCAAGCAGCUCCAGGGCGAGAUAGAUUUCCUCAACCAGCUGCUCAAGGAAAAAUGAUCUCGUUUCGGAUGAUCGGGUCGUGAAACUAUUUUUAGUCGGGUGCCAACCGUUUGCUCCUAGGACUUACGCUAGGACGUGUGGGUUGUGUCAGUCGUUCGUGUGCUGUUCGGCUGCGAUGAUCUCGCGUAGAAAAUCGUAGCCACGUUUCUCUUUUUUAGAUAGUCUAGAACUGAGACAAAUUUUUAAGUCAUCAGAGGUAGUACAAGAAGGAAAAGAGUCCCGUUCGGAGGUUAGUUUUUAGAAUGAUUUAGUCGUACAAUUAUAUUUACCACAAAACCACAUACCGGAGUAGAUACAUUAUGAACUGUUUUACUCCGUUUGAGUGCCAGAUGAAUUAAUAAAGAAUAAUUUUUGGAAAACGAAGCCUGUAUUUUUUCGUUUUUCGCUUCGUGACUUGCUAGUUCACCAUCACGUCUUUGCUAGCACUAGUUACCAUCAUAUUUGUUUGUAUUUUUAAAGCUUUUUCUUUCAGGAUGAUUUUAUUUAUUUCUGCGUGCAAACAUUCCAAUAGUGAGCCAAAUUAAAUUGCAUUAAAUCGCCCGAAAGUUUUUCAAGUAAGAUGCAAAAUUCGUACUGUUAAGUUGUAAAAAUAUAUAGAAGUAUAAUACAAAUGUUUGCCAGUACUAAUGAGCGCGAAAAGGAGAGAAGUUUAUUUACCACUAUUGUUAAAAGAAAUAAGAAACCUUAUUUGAAUAUGAAAACGAUCAGGACCCUGUUUUCGGUGCAGAGCCCCGAAAACCUAGCAUAUACGAAAACUCAAAAAACAGGAGAAUAUUGCGCCUUUCUAAUAAAUAUAAUCUGAAAAUCUAAUCAAAUGACAAACAGAAAAUUACCUAUAGAUACGUUUAUACAUAACAAAAAAAUGGUUUCGAUAAAAAAAAACACACGUAGAUUUGUAAUGUGAAGACAAGUUUCUAAAAAAAAGCUCAUACAUGUAUUUGGACAAAAAGAGCGAGCGAGCCAAUUUUUUAGCCAUGAAAUCGGAAGCAAAUUUUCGAUUCUAGUUAUUUAAUUGCAUUACACACUUUUUUCAUAAACACGAAAACGAUAAAAACAAUAUAUUGAAGAUAGCUUAUAUUAUUCAAAUAACCCCUCUAUAUAUAUUUAAAUGGGUGAAACCAAAUGAAAUGAAAAUGCCAGCAUUAGUUUAGAAUAGGUGUGUGGAACUCGCGGAUGAAAUCGAAAUGAGAUGAAAAAGGGAAAACGUUGCAGUGUCGCGUGCGCUCACAACAUGGAACAAAACCAAAUGGAUCAAUAGAAAACAUAUGGACAGUUUUUUUUUCUUUCUGUUGCAAAUAAAUUUUGACCGGGAUGAUUAUAGAUUCUAAACGUUGUACCUA